ACAAUGGCACGCAUGCAUGGCUUACAAAGGUAAGAAAUUUACUACCAAAAACAACAAAUGUAUGUCCUGUAUAAAGGAAAAAGAAAAAUUGCGCGGCAAAAAAGAUUCCACAUUGUCUAUAUAUUGAGAUAGAACUGUCAUUAAAAAACACAAAGCAUAAACACACAUAAGCACAUAAUCAGCAUCACUCACAAACACUAAUUCCCUCAACCCAACUCUUCUUCCUCUUUUGUCCAAAAACCGAUUCCAUCCGUCCAAUGGGAGAUCCUCAAUUCGACCUGAUCAUCAUCGGCGCAGGCGUGAUGGGUAGCUCCACCGCCUACCAAGCAGCCAAACGUGGCCUCAAAACACUCUUGCUUGAACAAUUCGAUUUCCUUCACCUGCGUGGCUCCUCUCACGGCGAAUCCCGCACGAUUCGAUCCACCUAUCCGCAAAGUCAUUACUACCCUCUGGUGGUCGAAUCAUACAAGCUCUGGGAAGAGAUCCAGGCUCAAGUUGGCUACGAUGUUUACUUCAAAGCCCAACACCUUGACAUUGGUCAUCUCGAUGAUCCAUCCUUCCGUGCAGUCAUCGAAAACUGCCGGAAGCAUGGUGUCAACCACCAGCUCCUGAACGCCGAGCAAGUCGCUGCGAAAUUCUCCGGAAAACUCAAUUUACAGGAAGGUUGGUUGGGUCUGUCCACAGAACAUGGUGGCAUGUUAAAGGCCACAAAAGCUACUGCCAUGUUUCAGACACUGGCUCACAAACACGGUGCUGUUCUCAAAGACAAUACAAAGGUUGUAGAUAUCAAAAACAACGGCGGCGAGGUUGUGGUUUUCACCGAGAACGGUGAAAAAUUACGCGGUAAGAAAGUCGUGGUAACUGUGGGAUCAUGGGCUAAUAAGCUGAUUAAGAAAAUCAGAGGUAUUGAUCUACCGAUUCAACCUAUUGAGACUCACCUUUGUUACUGGAGAAUAAAAGAAGGACAUGAAGGUAAAUUCCCAAUUGGUGGCGAUUUUCCGACUUUUGCUAGCUAUGGGAAGAUUUACUACUACGGAACACCAACUUUGGAGUUUCCGGGUUUGCUUAAAGUUGGUGUCCACGGUGGUCGGAAGUGUGACCCCGAUCAGAGACCAUGGGGGCCGGGUGAGAUGAUGAAUGAUUUGAAAAAAUGGAUUGACAGGACAUUCUCUGGAAUGAUUGAUACAAGCGCGCCUGUUGUGAAGCAGGCGUGUAUGUAUUCAAUGACCCCAGAUGAAGAUUUCGUGAUUGAUUUUUUGGGUGGUGAAUUUAAGAAUAAUGUUGUCUUGGGAGUUGGGUUUUCCGGCCAUGGAUUUAAAAUGGCUCCGCUUGUUGGUAAGAUAUUAACCGAGCUGGCGGCCGAUGGGAAGAGUGAUCAGGCUGACUUGAAACAUUACAGAAUCGGAAGAUUCCAAAGGACAUCUAAGAUUUAGGUGUCUUGCGUUGUGAUCUUUGCUGGAAUCUUAUGGUGAGGGUGAAGUUUACGACUAGCAUAAAAUAAUUGGAUCUAAGGGAUGGGAGUUUUCGACUCGAAUCCGAUGGUUUAACUCCGUUGCGUAAUUGUUCAUUUCUCAUUUUUGUUAUCUAGUGUUUGGAAUCUUUUCUAGUAUUGUGAUGAGAGCCUCAACUUGGCUGCUUGAUCCUUGUAAGUCCUAUUAUGAAAUAAAAUUUGUUUGGUUUGUAGGAAAAA